AGUGCGCGUAAACCGAUAAGAUUCGUCUGUCAAUAUCUGACCGGACCGGUUCGAACCGGGUUCAGUUAAAAUAAAAUAUGGUAAAAAAUAAAAGUGAACAAGAUGUUAACGAAUGAGUGUCGGCUGUUGGAUUCUCUAUAGAAGAGCGCUUCUAUAUAAGCUGCUUUUCUGCUCUUGCAAGGUGCGGGAGCUCUCACCAGUCACCGCAUUGUUAUAAGCACUUGUUUGAAGCUCGUUUUCUGCGUCAGAAGCUCACAAUCUGAACUGGGUUGGGUUUAGAUUCUGUGGCGAAAAGGGGAGUCUUCUCCUCUCGCAGUAUCAGAAUGGCUAAAGCAAGAACAGGCCACUGGUUAAGCAUUCUGGCAUUUUCACUGAUCUUGCUCAAAACAGAAGGCUUCUAUGUGGGAAUUACUUAUGUGGAUAGUGCAGUAGCAAAAGGAGCAGUUUGCUUGGAUGGUAGCCCACCUGCUUACCACAUGGAUAAGGGAUUUGGUGCAGGGAUUAACAAUUGGUUGGUUCAUAUUGAGGGAGGAGGAUGGUGCAACAAUGCCUCAACUUGCCUUGCUCGUAGGGACAACCGUUUAGGUUCAUCGAAGCAAAUGGUGAAGCAAAUUGCUUUCUCUGGGAUUCUGAGCAACAAGCAAAAAUUUAAUCCGGACUUCUACAACUGGAACAAGAUCAAGGUUAGGUACUGCGAUGGGGCCUCCUUUACGGGCGAUGUAGAAGCAGUUGAUCCUAAGACUAAUCUUCACUACAGAGGAGCCCGGGUGUUUCUUGCUGUCAUUGAGGAUCUUAUGGCAAAAGGAAUGAAAAAUGCUGCAAAUGCUGUUCUCUCUGGCUGCUCUGCUGGUGGGCUGACUGCCAUUCUGCAUUGUGAUAAAUUUCGCGCUCUUCUCCCUGUCAGCACCAAAGUAAAAUGCUUUGCAGAUGCCGGUUACUUCAUCAACGCUAAGGAUGUUUCAGGAGCAGCACACAUUGAAGGCUUCUACAGUGAAGUGGUUGCAACACAUGGAUCAGCAAAGAAUCUGCCCCCAUCCUGCACUUCAAGUCUAAGACCGGGCUUGUGUUUCUUCCCACAAAACAUGGCUCAACAGAUCAAAACACCGCUUUUUAUCAUCAAUGCAGCCUAUGAUUCAUGGCAGAUAAAGAACAUCUUGGCACCGGGUGUCGCUGAUCCUCAUGGUACUUGGCAUUACUGCAAGCUUGAUAUCAAGGACUGCUCAUCCUCCCAACUUGAAGCCAUGCAAGAUUUCAGGGUGCAGUUUCUUAGUGCAAUCAAAGGACUGAUAGGCUCCCCCUCCAAAGGAAUGUUCAUAAACUCCUGCUAUGCCCACUGCCAAACCGAAAUGCAGGAAACAUGGCUGAGGGACGACUCCCCAGUACUUGGAAAAACAACAAUUGCAAAGGCAGUAGGAGACUGGUACUAUGACCGGACUUUGCAGUUAAUGGAUUGGACUUUUGUACGUAAAGCUUGGGACAAGUGGAUAUCUACCAGUAUAGGUUCUUCUGGUGAACCCUUGAAGGCAGCUUUGCUAAUUAACUAUGACCCAACUGGACCAUCUCGGCUAUUGUCCACCAUUGCAGAGCAAGAAGGGAUUAGAGCAAAGCCAAUUGAAGUGAAUCAAUUUGUUGAUUUUAUCAAACGCAACAACCUCCAAAGUGAGAGCUUCUUUAUCGGGCAAAACCAAUAUUUGGUAACUUCAAUUCAUGACGGCUGGUUCUGUGCAAGGUGCAUGAACACAUCACAUCCUGCUGGUGAAGGUGCUAUAGUUAUGCAGACAACAUCAUUCAUCUUGGUUGCACUGUAUGAUGGUUCCAUUGGUUCAGCAUCUCGUGCUAUGGUGGAUGUUGAUCAGUUUGCAUGGCAAUUGGGCAGAAAGAACCUUUAACCUCAUAUUCCACAAUGGUGUUGUAUACUACAAACCAAUUCUUGGAAACUCUUGAAAUGGAACUGCUUUUUGAUCUUACCACAUUGAAUUUUCCGGGGAGGCUGGAAAUCUAGUGGAGUAGCAGUGUUCUUACUGGUUCAAAAUGUUCAAUUCAUGAUCCUUUACCGAUCUUUUGUUGUAGUUCUAAUGCUCUUGUUUCUAACUAAAUCAUUUGUAUCAAAAAUGAUUUGGUACUGUACUAAUUGAUACAGAAACAUCAAUGUAAAUGAGUUAUGGAUCACGGUUUUGAGAUCAAUUAAAUGAUGAUGUACAUUUUGUUUUGAUUUUCCAUCAGAG